UGAGUGGCUGAAAACUUCGUCAAAGGAAAGAAUUUGGAAUAGUGACUAAUUUGAGUGACUACCGAUAAAAUAAAAUAAUAUUAGUAACAAACGUGAAAUAUUUUAGUAAUUCCAGUGACCAAACAUGCUAACUUGCAAUUUAGCAGAGUUAAAGUUACAAAUUAUCUCUGGGGCCUGGGCCUGAGUCAGCGGGAAUCCAGCUUGAACGGGUCAUAACCUUUGCUAUUUGAUCCACCAAAGGCCCAGAUCCAGCCUCACGGCCAAACUCUUCGCAGCUGUCGUGAUAUCCACACGCGCAAAUCCAAGAAAGCCCACCGGCACCGUACCUAAAUAUGCCGGCGUUCACACUUCACACUCGCGCGCUGGCACUGAAUGUGGCACCACUCUCAUUCCCGCCGGCGCACCAGAUUCCCGCGGCUUGGUGGCGCGUGUCUGCCCCGUGACGCAUUGCAAUACAUCACCCGCGUAUUCGGCGCGUCUCCCUGGCGUCGUGUCCAAAGCCCCAAUCUUCGAACCAGAUCCCGAAAAGUGGCACACCCCGUAAUUUACAUCUAUCCCUGGGUACGAAUUUGUAAAUACACAUCCACCAGGCUGACUAUAUAAUCGGGUCGGCCUGGUCAGGCCAAAGCAUUCAAUUUCCCAGCGAUUUUGUGGAUCAUCAAUCAUCAUUGUUCUUCGUAGAACAAACGCCAAAGGGAAUAUCUUUGCGCUCUCCAAUUAGAUUCCAAGGUCAGACAGAGGAAGAAGAAGGAAAAAAGAAUGGCGGAAGAAGGACUGGUGACUGAAUGCCAAACCGUCGAGCUCUGGAGCGAUAUCUUCACCAAGGCUAGCGAGUCAAAGAAACUGACUGUGGUGGAUUUCACUGCUACCUGGUGCCCGCCAUGCCGUUUCAUUGCGCCAAUUCUGGCCGAUCUAGCCAAGAAGAUGACUCACGUCAUAUUCCUGAAGGUUGAUGUUGAUAAUCUGACUAGUGUUUCUGAGCAGUAUGACGUGGAGGCCAUGCCAACCUUUCUCUUCUUCAAGGAAGGCAAGAUGGUGGACAAGGUUGUGGGUGCCAAGAAGGACGAGUUGGUGGCGAAGAUUGAGCAGCAUGCUACCCAGGUUGCUUCAGCUUGAGCAGCUCGCAACAGUAGGGAAAAUGGAACGGAGGCUCUAUCUAGUUGUUUCUCUGUUUCGUCAGUGGUUGUUAUAUGUUUGAUCAAGUACUGGUGUAUUUGUGAUUUGUGAAUCUUCUGUUCCGUGACUGAUAAUGAUGAUGAUCUAUGGAUUUCUAGUCCUUGUUGGUGUUCUGUAAUCUGUACUAAUCUGGUGAAUGGAUAUGUCUUAACAGUGUUCUGUUAUGAAAUAAUCUUGUUUCAUAAUUUUAUACAAUCUGGUGAAUGGAUAUGUCUUACAGUGCCAUCAGUGUUGAACUGUUGAUCUUGUACCAGCCCCUCGGAGGGAGAGUCCAGAACUCCAGCUGAUCAAAUGCUUUGCUUGAGGCUGACUCUACCUCUCGGUGAUGUGUAGAGACCCUCCCAAGUUCUGCUCCAAUCUCGAGCUUUAGAAAUAACAUAAUUGAUCUAGGUGGUCCUCGUUAGAGUUCCUUGUCUUCCAGAUGUAUCAAGCGACCAGGGAGAAGAAACUCACCCAAUCUCCUGCAUAAUCCAAUGAUCAAUCCAAAAGCUAGUCUUUUUACCAUUUUUAACGUUACGAGCCAUACAUUUGCGCAAAAGAUUUGCAGUUUGGGAGAAGCUGCACCAAGAAUAAGAACCUCCCUUUUUCUUGUCUAGAAUUCUUAGCCCUUCACUUGAUUUUCCGUAUUUGCUCCUAAGGAUCCUCGCCCAGAGGAAAUGAUCAUUGGUGGCGACUUUCUAGGCUCCCUUUGCUAGCAUCGCCUAGUUUGCAAGCUUUUUCAGUCGAAUACCUAUCCCCCCUUGAUUGUGAUGGAGGGUUAUCUAAUUCCAAGCCAUCGGGUGGAACUUAGUCUUCCCAUGAUCCCAUCUUCCUCACCCCAGACGAAGCGUCUAUUGAUCCUGUCAUGGGACUUGCAAAUAGUGGAAGGGAGAGAUUCUGUAAAAUCGGAUAAACAAUCAUGGAAGAAGCAAGUAAUACGGGCAGCCACAAAAGAUUCUUGAAGUUGUGAUUUCAAAUGGUGUAUUGACCUAAUUCAUGUAUUUGUGAGAUUAAGUCGUUUUUUUUACUUAUAAAGAAGUAGAAUAUAUGCAUUUACUUUUUGGCGGCCCCACCACAAUCUCUCAAUAUUGAGGGAUUUACAAUCUCUACUUUUUGUUGAGAUUCUUCACAGUCACUCAAAACUAACUUUUUUACCUUUAGAACAAAAACACAAUCUAAACCUCCAAACAAGAUAUUUGCCUAAUACAUCGAUUGAUUCAAUACAUCAAAUGAUAAUACACUAAUUGUCUCAAUAUAUCAAUUUGAAGAAUCACAACUUCCAAACAAACCCUUAAUUUUCCUAUUAACUAGUUUAUAUUGAAUUCUAAUGAGCGGCUCCUUGUAUCUACUUGUCGAGACUCUUCCAAUAAUCGCAUGAAGACCGAGAUACUUACCCAAAUCCGUCGUAAGUUUAAUGCUCGCACGCAAGCUGAGACGUUGAGCUCUGUCUCGAUGCAUGUUUGGCGAAACAAACUUAGUUGAUUUGUUGAGAUUCACCCUCUAACCAGAGCUCGAACAUAAAUCCUCUAAACAAGCUUUCAUUACAUCAACCUGCUUGCUCUCCGCCUCUGGAAAUAAAAUAAAAUCCUCAACGAAGGUGUGAUAUCUUUGGCCCAUCCUUUGAAAGGGACAAAGGUUUCCACAGUUCAUCACCCACUGCUUGUUCAAUUUUAUGAGAUAGCUUUCCAUGAAAAAAAAGGUAAGGGAAAAAGGUAUCUCGCUGACGAACUCCUCCAAAAUCCACAGGGACGACCCACGAGCCAAAUAAGAAAGCUCGCCGACACCGAGAUUUCAUUAUCCCACCAUACCUAAAAACGCCAAUGUUCACACUUCUUUUUUUUUUUUUUUUUUUUUUUACAAUAGAUAGCUUUUAUUACCAAGACCAAAAGACAGCACUGUUUACAUCACAAGGAAAACCACCGCUCAAAAUCAAAACUCUCCACACUCCACACUUCACACUCGCUCUCCCAUUGAUAUUUUAAUUUUCAUGGUUAUUUCUAAGGAAAAAAAUACAUCAGUCUUGGGAUCUAAAACAUGGUGUCUUCAGACAAAGAUAACAACAAUUACCAAUUACACUAAUGAAAUGUUUUUAUCUUAUUAAACUAAAGAAAUACAAAAACCUGAAAUCUUAAAAACAUAUGAGUUUUCCACUACGGUUAGCUAGUCCGCUAACUUUGUGUAAGUAUUUUCUUUGGUAAUUGAUAUUUUAAUUUUCAUAUUUUGAUUAAAUAGUAAUUAACCAUAUGUAUCAUUCAGAGUUAUUUGUUUCAAUAGAAAAUAACAAUAGAACAAGAUAAAUAAUGAACCAGAGCUAAAGUUUUCAUGGAUGUAUUGAUAUAGUUAUAUUCAUUAGCAUGGUGGGUAACACAAGAUAUGCUAAUAAUGAAGCAUGGCUAAAGUUUUCAUGGAUACAUUAUGUAGUUAUAUUCAUUAGCAGGGUGGGUAACACAAUAUAAGCUAUUUUUGUUGAAAGAAUUAGAUUGUCUUUCAACUAAGCUUUGAGCAUGUUAGUUGACAAAUAUUUUAUGAUUGCAUAGAGUAUGGAUGAUGAAUUGAUAUUUUCUUACUAAUUUUGUUAUUUAUUGUUUAGUAUUGAUAUAUAUAUGGUGCCGUAUUCGGUGCACCCACUUUUUCGGGUGCACUCAGUGCACCCGCCUCAUAAUUGUCAUUCUGCGCAAAAGUUAAUCUGCUCACAAGGUUUUUUGUGAGUAGAUACUCACAAGGCCCAGAUUUGUCCACAUAGGCCCAGUUCUAAUCUAAGGGUGAGGAGGUCAGCCCAGCCAUAGCUCAUUUAAGUGAGCUAUUUGUAGGUUUUUUUGCACAAGCCGGCCCAGCCGAUCGAGCUGAAAAUGGUGGCUUGGGUCCACCUUUAAUUUGGGCGGGAUUGAGAGAGGGAGCCGCUGAAAUAACUCGUAUCUAACCGAGACAAAUAAAUAUCCAAAAGUGCACGAACUAAUAUCCGUCAGAGUUGACAAAAGAGAGAGAAAAGCAUGGCCCACCAUCAGCUACUUUUGUUGCUUUUGAUAAAUUUUCACAUGGGAGAGAUCUUGAGUAUUUAAUUGUGUCUUCCAUCAAAACUAAACACACUAUCAAGUCCUAACACAUAAGGCUUGCAACCUUAGUUAGGGCUGCCCGCCGAGGGCCCAUUGGCCGAAGGCCAAUGAAUCAAUAGUAGUAUGAGUGUGAGUGUCUUCCAGACCUUUAUAUUAGUUCGUUUGUGAUUUCAUAUAUUAUUUUGUGUGAUUGGAUAUUAGUUAGGUUGUUAAGGAUAUUUGUUCGUUAAAAAGUGGAUAUUAGUUUUAGUGUGGAUGGAUGUUAGUCUGGGAGUCACGAAUAUUUGUUCGAUAAAGGACGUAUAUUUGUUUUGGGGUGAAUAGGUAUUUGUAUGGACGAUAUGGAUGUUUGUCUGAGGAUGAAGAUAACACCGAGGAAACCAUCUGGAAAUGAAGUUUUUUUUUUUGUCAUGGUAGGUCUGAUAUUAGUCCGUUUAUGAUUUCAGAUAUUAAUUUAAGUGGCUGGAUAUUAGUCAGGGUGUCAAUGAUAUUUGUUCGCCCAAGAAUGGAUAUUAUAUCUGGAAUGGAUGGAUGUUAGUCUGGGCGCCACCGAUAUUUGCUCGAUAAAGGACAUAUAUUUGUUUUGGGGUGAAUGGGUAUUUGUUCGAUAGAGGACGGAUAUUAGUUUUUGCCCGUUAUGUAACAAAAUAUUGGUUUUGCG